GUAGGUGAUCUGUGACUUGACACUUGACCGAUUUUUGACACUUGUUUGCUGUUUGGUUUGUAUAGUUUGCAUUUUCAAGUUCAAGGAUUCUAGAAACCAAGAAAUGUUAACAAAUAUUAAAGAUGAAGGAGAUACGCUAAAGAUAUAUAACAAUAAGCAAGUUAAAUCUGAACUAGAUGAAUACCUCUUUGAAAGCAGUUCUGGACAAGGACAAGAGUCUGUAAUAGAUGAGUAUUGUUCAGAUGAUAUUAAAAUAGAAAACCAUGUUGUAGAAGAUGUAUCUAAUGAAAUUAAAAUUGAAAGAAAAAAAGAACUGGAGCAGUAUAGCAUUGGUGUUCCACACUAUAUUACAAUGGAAGUUACAAGUACCAAACCAUUUAAUGAUCCCAAAGCACAUUUGAAAACUUAUACCGGCGAAAGACUGUAUGAAUGUAAAAUUUGUUGUAAGCAGUUUAGUUAUAUAAGUACUUUUAAUGAGCAUAAUAUGAAAGUUCACACUGGUGAAACACCUUAUACAUUCGAAAUUUGUAGUAUGCAUUUUAAUCACCGAAGUCACUUAAAUACGCAUAUGAAAAUUCACACGGGUGAGAAACCUUAUAAAUGCGACAUUUGUAGUAAGCUGUUUACUGAAAAUGGUACUUUAAAGGAGCAUAUGAGAAUUCAUACAGGUGAAAGACUUUAUGAAUGUGAAAUUUGUAGUAAGCCGUUUACUCGAUUAAGUAAUUUAAAGGAUCAUAUGAGAGUUCACACUGGUGAAAAACCUUAUAAAUGUGAAAUUUGUAGUAAGCAGUUUAGUGAACUAAGUAGCUUAAAUACGCACAUGAAAAUUCACACGGGUGAAAGACGUUAUAAAUGUGAAAUUUGUAGUAAGCUGUUUUAUAUAAAGAGUAGUUUAAAGGUGCAUAUGAGAGUUCACUCGGGCGAAAGACCUUAUAAAUGCGAAAUUUGUAGUAAGCAGUUUAGUCGCAAAAGUGGUUUAGAUAAGCAUAUGAAAAUUCACACGGGUGAAAAACCUUAUAAAUGCGACAUUUGUAGUAAGCUCUUUACUGAAAAUGGUACUUUAAAGGAGCAUAUGAGAAUUCAUACAGGUGAAAGACGUUAUGAAUGUGAAAUUUGUAGUAAGCCGUUUACUCGAUUAAGUAAUUUAAAGGAUCAUAUGAGAGUUCACACUGGUGAAAAACCUUAUAAAUGUAAAAUUUGUAGUAAGCAGUUUAGUCACAUAAGUAAUUUAAAUACGCAUAUGAAGAUUCACAUUGGUGAAAAACAUUAUAAAUGUGAAAUUUGUAGUAAGCAGUUUAGUUACCUUAGUAGUUUAAAUGAGCAUAAGAGAGUUCACACUGGUGAAAAACCUUAUAAAUGCGAAAUUUGUAGUAAACAGUUUAGUCGCAAAAGUGGUUUAGAUAAGCAUAUGAAAAUUCACACGGGUGAAAAACCUUACAAAUGCGACAUUUGUAGUAAGCUCUUUACUGAAAAUGGUACUUUAAAGGAGCAUAUGAGAAUUCAUACAGGUGAAAGACUUUAUGAAUGUGAAAUUUGUAGUAAGCCGUUUACUCGACUAAGUAGUUUAAAGGAGCAUAUGAGAAUUCAUACAGGUGAAAGACUUUAUGAAUGUGAAAUUUGUAGUAAGCCGUUUACUCGACUAAGUAGUUUAAAGGUGCAUGUGAGAGUUCACACUGGUGAAAAACCUUAUAAAUGUGAAAUUUGUAGUAAGCAGUUUAGUGACCUAAGUCACUUAAAUACGCACAUGAAAAUUCACACGGGUGAAAGACCUUAUAAAUGUGAAAUUUGUAGUAAGCAGUUUUAUAUAAAGAGUAGUUUAAAGGUGCAUAUGAGAGUUCACUCGGUCGAAAGACCUUAUAAAUGUGAAAUUUGUAGUAAGCAGUUUAGUCACCAAAGUCAGUUAAAUAAGCAUAUAAAAAUUCACAGUGGUGAAAAACCUUAUGAAUGUGAAAUUUGUAGUAAGCAGUUUAGUCGCAAAAGUGGUUUAGAUAAGCAUAUGAAAAUUCACACUGGUGAAAAACCUUAUAAAUGCGACAUUUGUAGUAAGCUAUUUACUGAAAAUGGUACUUUAAAGAAGCAUAUGAGAAUUCAUACAGGUGAAAGACCUUAUGAAUGUGAAAUUUGUAGUAAGCCGUUUACUCAACUAAGUAGUUUAAAGGUGCAUAUGAGAGUUCACACUGGUGAAAAACCUUAUAAAUGUGAAAUUUGUAGUAAGCAGUUUAGUGACCUAAGUCACUUAAAUACGCACAUGAAAAUUCACACGGGUGAAAGACCUUAUAAAUGUGAAAUUUGUAGUAAGCAGUUUUAUAUAAAGAGUAGUUUAAGUCAGCAUAUGAGAGUUCACACUGGUGAAAAACCUUAUAACUGUGAAAUUUGUAGUAAACAGUUUAGUUACCUACGUAGUUUAAAAGAGCAUAUGACUGUUCACACUGGUGAAAAACCUUAUAAAUGUGAAAUUUGUAGUAAGCAGUUUAGUCUCAACCAUACUUUAAAUAGGCAUAUGCUAGUUCACAGUGGUAAAAAACCUUUGUGAAUGUGAAAUUUGUGGUGAGCAGUGUACUCAACUACAUAAUGUUAUACGAAUUGACUCUUUAUUAUUUUUAUUUAUGAUUCUAUUUAUAUUUAUGUUUAAGUUAUUUUAAAUAAAAACACGAUUUAUAUUUUUUAUUUUACAAACUUUAAUUAAUAUGUAAUUUAUUAAAAAUAUUACAAAGUCUAAUUUAUA